AUGAGCAAAGAUGGAAAGCUUGUUGACGAUGAAAAGACUGGUAUCGAGGAAGCGUUCUACGCAGUUGCUGAGGCAAGCUUCUUCGCCACGACCAAAGCUGGAGCCGAUGGACGACUUGAUGCACUGAUCCCAGCAUCGGUCGGUGAAGGUGUGGAUGGACGACUGGACGCGGGCCUUGGCCUGUUCUGCGUCGAGGAACGUUUGCAGUUCUGA